AUGAAAAUACGAGCGGAACUGCAAAGACAACUUUCAAUGAACGAUGAACGGGUCAUAAAAGCAAGGAAAAUAGAACAUAGAAAGAAUCUCACCGCAAGGCUCGACGUUUCGUGCUAUCUGGUGCUCAUUAUACUGUAUCUUGCGGACGAGAAUCUCAUACUACUCCUGUUGCGAGGCUUCCAGCAGUUCAUGCUUGGCCACCCGCCGAACAGCAUAGAAGCGUCAGCAGUGCUCACUCCAGCGAUUCAGCGGAUACUGGCACAGAAAGUGUUGUCGUUGGGCCUGGCCUUCAACGUGUUGGGCCUGAUAGUCCACAUUGCAUUUUCCGCGCGCGGAGGUUUGGGCCAGGGCAUAUCGUACGGGGCGUACAUCAUAAAUAUAAUGGGGGAGAGCAGGUUUGAAGGAUGGUUCCGCAAGCUGCUGUACCUGCUGUUGUGGGACUUCGUGCUGAUAGUACUUCAGUUCUCGCUCUACAGCAUGAAUUUCGUCAAGCAAGACUUGAGCCAUGCGGAGGACAGCAACGUCGUCGCGUCGAUCGACGUUGUCAAGAUAGUCCAGUACGUGAACCUCAUAGAACGCGCCCAAACACCAACACCGUCAUUGAGCGACAUGAUGCCGCGCUUGGAAGUCUGA